AUGUCAAUGAUUCAGGCGGAGACGUUGAAGGAGGUGGAGGAGGUGGAGGCGUUGGAGGCACGAGUUGUGGAGAAGUGUUUGAAGUUGGGACUGGAGGUGGAGCCAGUCGCCUACACGCCGCCCAUCGCCGGCAAGUUCGCCGUCUCCCGCCGCCGCCCGCCGUCCACCGGCCACUGUCUCCCAUCACUGGCCGGCCUCCUCCAGCCGACGCCCGCCACCCAUCACAGGUCACCUCCCACCGUCCACUGGCCGCCGUCUCCCGCCGCCGCCCACCUCCCCCUGCCGCUCGCCGUCCACCGGCCGUCGUCUCCCGCCGCCGGCCGCCCUCCUCCAGUCGCCUCCCACCAUUCGCCGUCUCCCGGCGCCGACCGUCGUGGGCCGCCGCCCGCUGUCCACAGGCCAUUGUCUCCUGCCGUCGGCCACCCUCCUCCCACCGCCGGCCAUCAUCUCUCGCCGCUCGCCUCCAACUGCCUGCCACCGUCUCCCACCGCCCACCUCCCAUCGCCGUCCACCGGCCAUCCUCCUCCCGCCGCUGCCCACCUCCCCCCACCGGCCGCCGUGGCGGCAAAUGCUACGGGCGGUGGUUGGGUAAUUUCAAAUGCUGAAAUUUCAAGACUACCUUCAUGA